AUGGGAAAUCGCAUUAAGGAAGAUGACCGAAUCGAAAAGAUCAUUCGGGGCCUUCUGAAACUUCCCGAGAAUCGCAGAUGCAUCAAUUGCAAUAGUUUGGGACCACAGUAUGUUUGCACAACAUUUUUGACAUUUGUUUGUACAAAUUGUAGUGGCGUACAUCGAGAGUUUACUCACCGUGUGAAAUCGGUAUCAGUUGCUAAAUUUUCUGUGGAAGAAGUAAGUGCACUUCAGGUUGGAGGAAAUGAGCGAGCAAGGCAAAUAUAUUUUAGAGAAUGGGAUUCUCAGCGGCAUUCUUUUCCUGAUGGAAGUAACCUUCAUAGACUCCGAGAGUUUAUCAAACAUGUCUACGUGGAUAGAAAAUAUACCGGUGAGAGGAGUACUCCACUACCAAGACUGAGAUUGAGUGGAAAGGAGGAAUUUAAUGAAAGCAGGAGGGUUGGUGGAUCUAGAAGCUCGAACGAGGAGGACAAGUAUGAACGAUAUUCUACUGAAAGAUCUAGUCCUUGUGGAAAAAAUGAUGACAGAUCUAGCAAAUGCUACUAUGACGAAAGAAGAAGUCCUCGAUACUCGAGAGAAUAUAUAAGACAUGGAAGUUACAAGCAAAGUCCUGUCCGCUUUGAGAUCGUUGAUGACCGAAUCCGGGAUGACAGAUUUGGAAACCGCAGGUUCUCACCGGGAGAUUCCAAGUUACAAAGAAGGUUACCGAACACUAAUGCUAAAAACGCGGAUAGCUCUUGCUCCCCCAUUGCACGUCCUCUUCAGGAGAUUUUAGGGGACAAUGUUCCUACUCUACAGGUUGGCAAAAUUUCAAAAGAAAAGCAUGGGGAGCAUGCUGAUGGUUUUGCUCAUAAUCAGGAAUCUGUUGACGGGAAGCUAGUUGAACAUAAAACAGGAAAUUUGCAAAGCUUGAUCGAUUUUAGUACCAAAACCGAGACCACAGAUGCUGCAUCCAUAUCACAAACACAGCUAGUGUCUUCAUUCAAUAAUGGUAGCAGCUCAGCAUCAGCUGGAUUAUCAGCAAAACAGAAGUCGGCUCAGGCUCCAAAAGUAAACACUUUGGAAAGUUUACUAUUUGGAUUGUCAGUUCCUUCUGUUGUACCCGCAGAUGAUAUUUCUGAAGCACCUGACAGUGAUGUUCUCACCACUGCGCCUGGAGACAACACGCUUGCUGCUGAUGUUGCUCCUCCAGCACCUAUGCAACAUAUGCCAGAACUACUUGAAAGUGUUUACAAUGUUCGAAAGCAACCUUCUAUUGAUAAUCUGCUAACUGAAAGUGUUGCCAACGUUCCAAAGCAACCUUCUAUUGAUAAUCUUCUAGAAGCUGCUAGCAGCAGUGACACCAUUGUCCAGCAGUAUCAGCCUCCUCCAUCCCAUGCUCAAGGAAGUAGCUUUACGUCGCAGCAAACUACUCUAUCAAUUGGGUUUCCUAACAAUGAGUCAACUGUUCCAUCAUUGGCACAUAACGGACAGACAUCUACAAGCAUUUGUGUCGAACAAUCAUCUCAAUCUGUAUCAAGAACAGUGCAGGAUACCAGCGUUGGAGUUGAAUCCGAACCUCUUCCAGUGGAAACAAAAUCUAGUACUAGAAAAGAACUUCCCGCGGACCUUUUCACUACAAGCUUUUUACCAAUCACUACGCCCGUUUCUUGCUGGCAAACUGGUCCACCCCAUGGAAUGGGUUUCAACUAUUACCCUAACAUAAUGCCUGUUCCAGCAUUUCCAAACCCAGCAAAAUCAAAAAAUCCAUUCGAUAUCAAUGACGAACGAACUCAGGUACAAGCAACACCUUUUCCUUCUAUGGGGUCAUUACUAGGAGCACCGGUCGGUGUGUUGUCAGCUCCUACAGGCUUACUUCAUGGUUCCAGCCUUGGACCUUAUUCUUCGCCGUUGAACGCACCUUCCGGAACUGCCUUACCUCCUAGUGCAUACAUAGGGCAAGAAGGGCAUAAUAACAUCCAGGCUACCCGGUAA